AUGUCAACUCCGGAAUCUGAAUUUGCUGAAUCCCAUAAUUCUGAAGAAGAUGAGAAUUCAGAUCCAACAAGGCAGGAUCAAUUGGAACAACAUUUGACUACUCCAGAGGAAUCAGAGCCUGAAGUUCCAGAAUCGGAACUAGAAAGAGAACCAACGCCGGUUACAGAGAUUCAGGAGGUAGUUGAAUCAGAAGAAGUCACACAAGAAAAAGAAGAAGAAGAAGAGGAAUUGGUAAUUGUUCCAACUCCGCAAGAAGAAGAAGAAGCCACUAUCCCAAGUCCACCAUCCGAGCCUACUGGAAAAUCGUGUACUCCUCAACCAGAAAACUCACCAGUUGAGGAACAAAUUCUGAAACAAGUCCAAGAAGAAAAAAUCACCAGUCCAAGAACAGAAUCUCAAAGUCCUAUACCCGACCCACCCAUCAUGGACGACAUAGCGUCUAGUGAGCUGGAAUCUCUCAAAUUUUCUGAAUCCGAGAUGUCACCAACUGAGCGUCAUAAUAGAAUCAUGCAGAACAAUGAGAAUGAGACUGUGGAAGACAAGAAGCAGAUUAGUCCAGUUCCAGUGGCACAGAAGACACCUGUCAGAUCUGGAAUCCGACCACCAAAUGUGGUUUUGAGGCAACCCAAACCUCCAGCACCCACCGCGUCUAUCCCAAGACCCUCCACUGUGGCAACUUCUCAUACUCCCCGUACUAUUAGUACACCCAGACAGACAGCUUCAACUGCUCCAUCACCAAGACCCAUAUCAAAAAUGUCACGAGAACGUUCGGAUGUUCAGAAGUCAACAUCUACUCGGAGCAUUGAUAAUGUCGGAAAGUUCACUCCAAAAGUAAAUGCCAAAUUUGUGAAUGUAAAAAGUAAAGUGGGAAGUGUGACCAAUCAUAAGGCAGGAGGAGGAAAUGUGGAGAUUUUCUCAGAGAAAAGACAAUAUGUAGCCCAAUCCAAAGUUGGCUCAAUGAAAAACGCAAACCAUGUCGCUGGUGGUGGAAAUGUUCAUAUCGAGAAUCGAAGACUUGAUUUCUCUUACGCCUCUCCGAAGGUCGGAUCCAAAACCAAUUAUCAACCAGCCAAGUCUGAUGUGAAAAUUGUAUCCGAAAAGUUGAACUGGGAUGCCAAAUCUAAAGUUGGAUCUAUGGAUAACGCUGCUCAUAAGCCAACUGGGGGAAAUGUUCAGAUUCUGAGCCAGAAGUUGAACUGGAAAGCGGAGAGUAAAGUGGGAUCCAAGGAUAAUAUGAAUCAUCGACCAGGAGGUGGAAAUGUUAAAAUAUUCGACGAGAAAAUUCGCUAUGUCUCCACUGACAACAGCCGCAACCACUCUACCAUCGAUAUCAGCUCCUUAUGA